AUGCUGCUCCUAGCUUCAGCUUUUUUCCUAACCCUACUGCAGUGCUCUAAUGCCCAAAACAAAACAAGCAUUACAUCUGCAGACUGUAAUACCAUUGAAACAGAUGCAGGAGUGGCCCUGGAUUUGGUCAACAGACAUUGCAGAGAUGGCUAUGUUUUUGGUUUAUUCCGUGUUGCUGAUGCACAUGAACUACAUCUAGGAAAUUUGUCAGUACUCUACUUAACUUUGGAUGUGCUGGAAACUGAAUGCUCUGUAUUAUCCAGAAGACACUGGGAGUCUUGUGAAUACAGUGACAUCUAUUCCAUGGACUUUGGGCAAUGUAAGAUUGUCACAUAUAUAAGCCAGCUGCUGAAGAAACCUCAACUAUAUGGAUUUAACUGUACAUUAAGUCCAGUUCCUCCUGAUUUAUUGGAGUGCAAAGAUUGUCCUGUGAAAGUUGAAAUCUUAGAAGUCACAAAGCAACAUAAAAAUAUUGCUGCAAAGACCCUGGAGAAAUUCAACAGUGAGGGUAACCACACAAACUACUUUGAUGUGGACAAAGUUGAAAAGAUUUUAAAGCUGACUGCCUCCCAUGAAGGUCAUAUUUUAGGAUUCUCUGUAAAAGAGACCAACUGUUCCAAAUCCACACAACAAGCAGAUCAGGCAUUGGAAUGUGAUUUUCUGGAUGACUGGCAUGCUCACAUGGGAUUCUGUAAGGCAAGCAUAAUCAGUGACCCAGAUGAACCUGACAGAACAGAUAUAAGCUGUGAAAUCUACCAUCCCUGGCAGCAUGACUAUGGGCAAAGAUGCAGAUAUUCAACUCUGGGACAGCCACACAGACAUCCCCAUCAUCAUUUUGGUCACAGACAUCAUCACAGACAUCAUCACAGACAUGGAUGUCCACCCUCUUCUCAGUCCAGACCUGAAGACCCUGAGCAUAACUAUAGUUUCAAUGAAGAACAUCAAGACAGCCAUGAAGGACCUGCUCUUUCUCCUUGCCACCACGGUGGACUACAUCACCACCUUCACCCUCCACACCAUUGUCCUCCACCUCCUCCCCAUGGUAGACUACAUCACCACCCUCCUCCUCCCCAUGAAGGACUACAUCCUCCUCUCCAAGAGGAACCACAACAUCCCCCUGUGGCUCCUCCUCCCCAUGACAAACCUCAUAAUCGUCCUUUUGGUCCCCACUGCGGAUCACACUGUCCUCCUCCCCUUCCUCAUGGAUCACAUCACCACCAUCUUCCUCCCCACCGUGGACCACAUGACCUUCCUCCUCCAGGACACCAUCCUCAUCUCUGUCAUUACUAUUACAGACAUCACUGCAAUAAGAGAAGCAUAUUGGGAAAGUACUUUCCAUUCCAAAUAACAGGAGCGGUCUAUCGCAUUCCAGUCCUAAAUCAGCAGUAUUCUCUCACACCCCCCACUGCAAACUUUCCUGAGCUAUCCCAAAGCAACCCUCACUCCUCCAGCACUGGUGAAGGUAUUCCAUUCACUGGCUCAAGUCUAAAGGAGAUGCCAGGAAGUCCAGAUUUUCCAGACCACCCUACACAAUCAAAGUCGUGCCCAGGAAACUCCAAACUUGUUCUUCCAAAAAUUAUGCCUUUAUUUCCACAUAGCUCCAUGGCAGAAAAUCCUCCUACAUGA